AACUCCGGCUGCCAAUGGUUACACGUGCCAACUGCAAACAAGGUUUAGGCUGAAGAGGAGCUGUGGAGAGAACAGUCAUGCCAGGAAUUCUGUUGGGAGAUGUGCUUCCUAAUUUUGAAGCAGACACUACUAUCGGCAAGAUACACUUCCAUGAAUUCCUGGGAAAUUCAUGGGGUAUCCUGUUUUCGCAUCCCCGUGACUUUACUCCAGUAUGUACGACUGAGCUGGCCCGAGCUGCAAAGCUCAGUGAUGAGUUUAAGAAACGCGACGUGAAGAUGAUCGCGCUGUCUAUCGACAGUGUUGAGGACCACCGUAAAUGGAGUGAGGAUAUUAUGGCAUUUAAUCAAGAGAAGACAUGCAGUCCCCUGCCGUAUCCAAUCAUAGCAGAUGAUAAGAGGGAGUUGGCGGUCUUGUUGGGGAUGCUGGACCCUGAUGAGAGGGACAAAGAUGGGAUGCCCCUCACUGCCCGCUGUGUCUUUAUUGUCGGUCCCGAUAAGAGACUAAAGCUGUCCGUUCUCUAUCCGGCCACUACGGGGCGCAAUUUUGAUGAGAUUCUCCGUGUCAUAGACUCUCUACAGUUGACCGCAACCAAAAAGGUGGCCACACCUGUGGACUGGAAGCCUGGUCAGGAGGUCAUGGUCAUCCCUUCCCUCUCAGAAGAAGAGGCCAAAAAGCUGUUCCCAGCUGGGUUUACCACCAAAGAUGUGCCUUCUGGGAAAAAAUAUAUACGCUACACUAAACUGUAACUGAGAAAGGAAUCUACAUAAGGAGGAAAUGCUGCAAAAAUAUAGCACUUACAGUACCUGACAUUAGCUCUUAGUCCAAAACCUGUUUCUAGAGGCCCGUACACUUCUCGAACAGUACACCAUUUAAAUGUUUCUAUGCUUUAACUCAUCAAAUUGUUAUUAUAGUAGAGUACACUCAGUCAUCCAAAUAUGUGGUCCUCCAGGAACAGAUUUAGGAAUUGCUUUUUGCUGUCCUUUCAUUCAGACUUGAGAGGCAAUCAUCAGAAUCUAACUGGUUCAAUGUAGUUUGACACUUUACAAUAUAAUGAUUGUAUCGUGCCUUACUUUCAAUAAAAUUGUUUCUUUUGUAAUUUA